AUGGACGAUGAUCAACCUUGCAUGUCUGGGCUUCGUUCCCGUGACAGUCGCCAUACUGGGCACAUCGUGCCUAAGCGCAUUUCAGGCGUUCGAAACCUCCCAAGCACGUUUAUUGAGAACACACGACAGCAUACCUGCUCGAGUGGCUGCCAACCACGACUUGAUCUAUGGGAUAAACAAGGCCGAGCCGAGGUGAUGGGCGGGAUCGUGGAGGACGAGACCAAUUACUGCGGUACUUCCGAGACCAAGUCACCCUUGACGGAUUUCUUCGAUCGGAUGUUCAAGGAUGUGUCUGCCAGAUGUAAAUCCCACUUUGGUGACUUACAUUUGUGUGACAAGUCCGAGAAACUGAAGCCGUUCAUGGAUUGCGUCAACCAGCAUUCCCUGUAUUCUGCCGCACGAUCAUUUGCGCCCCUGUGGCCGAUUAUUUCCGAGGAGAAAUGCAAAAAGGCCAGUGUGUACUUUGCCAGUCCGGUACUGUCGAAGGAGCACUUUCCGAAACAUAUAGAGAAGUACAGAGCUGUGUGCCAUGAAGGACUGUGA